UUACACUCCCCUCUCCCCUCUUACACUCUCACUCAGUCGAGCGAGCGUACAAGAGGCAGCAGGCAGCUGCCGAGGAGCGAGCUGGGAGGCGACUCCAGCCUCCUCUCCGGCCAGUUGCGCCUCCAGUACAAUGGAAACUAAGCGGUCGGGUAGCAGAAGGGAUGGAGGGCAGAGCUGCCGGCCAGGUCAGCAGGGGUCAUGAGGGCGUCGCAGGCCCCGGCCGCUGUUCAGAGCAGCUGAAGCAGUCAUGGGCAGAGAAGUCUCGGACGGCAACGGCAGGCUCGGCCUCAUCGACUUCACCAGCCACGUCCUCCUUUGCCACGACCACCACUGGCUUCGUAUCAAGUUCUCUCCACUCGCCAGCGCUUCCCAGUAAGACUUUGCAAUGAGAAUGUCCGAUACCGCUGACGGUGAAACAACGAAGGUUUCCGAUGCCACCGACGCCCAGCCAUCUCCAAGAGACGACGCCACCAAGCCGGAGGGUUCGGACCCGAGCCAGAGCAGCAGGGAUGAACACGCCGGCAACGGCAAGAGGGAUGCACAGCCAGCGAAGUAUUCUAAGUCCAACACCAGGCUCAAGCUGGUGCGGAGCCUGGCAGUGUGUGAAGAGUCCUUUCCCUUUCCUAUGCCUGAGCCUUCAGCAGCACCUCAGCCCUUCGACAAGGAAGAACGAGCCUCCCAGGAGCACGCAGAGAGAGAGGACAGCUGUGACAAGAACGAGAAAACGCAGAGAAAAAGACUGUCGAGGGAUUCCAGUCAAGACUACACAGAUUCCACAGGGAUAGAUCUCCACGAGUUCCUGGUCAACACACUGAAGGGCAACCCCAGGGAUCGAAUCAUGCUCCUGAAGCUGGAGCAGGACAUCUUGGACUUCAUCAGCAAUAACGAAAGUCAGAAGAGGAAGUUUCCCCCCAUGAAGCCUUACCACAGGAUGCUGUUACACCGCGUGGCCGCCUACUUUGGAAUGGACCACAAUGUGGACCCCAGUGGAAAGUCCGUGGUUAUCAACAAAACCACCAACACUAGAAUACCCGAUCAGAAAUUCUCCGAGCACAUCAAGGAUGACAGGGCGGACGACUUUCAGAAACGCUACAUUCUCAAACGAGACAACUCCAGCUUUGAUCGUGAAGACAGCACGAUUCGAAUGCGUUUGAAAGCUGACAAGAGGAGCAAAUCGAUGGAGGAGAGGGAGGAGGAGUACCAGCGAGCCAGAGAAAGGAUAUUUGCACAUGAUGGAGAUCACUUCAUAUUAGACAGAAGCGCUCCGGAUGAAGACGCAUGCAUGAGCACCCAACAGCGGCGGCAAAUGUUCAGGCUGCGGUCCUGCCGGUCAGGUGCCAGCCGACAGAGCAGCUCGGAGACGGAGCCGCGGCACGGCGAGCCACGGCCAUGGAGUAGCACCGACAGCUCGGACAGCUCCAACCGGCUCGCCCCGCGGCCCACCAUGACCAAGGCCAGCAGCUUCAGCGGCAUCUCCCCCGGCCUCGUCCGAGGGGACAGCACAGCCAGCAGCAAGAGCACUGGGAGGCUCUCCAAAACAGGUUCAGAGUCAUGCAGCAGCGUCGGUUCCUCCUCCAGCUCGCUCUCCCGUCCCCAGAUGCCCCUCCCGGUUUCGGCCUCGACCCGGUCCAGCAUCCCAAGCACAGCGCAGUUGAUCCACCCGGCCGCCGACACCAGAGGCCCCGGACACCCCGAGAUGAUCAAGCCACCACCAGCUACAGACGCGACCAGCUAUUACGUGUUGCCAUUGGAAGCCUCUGGGAUCCCACCUGGCAGCUUUCUGGUCAACCCACACACAGGCAAACCUUUCAUCCACCCCGAUGGCAGCGCCAUAGUUUAUAACCCAGCUAACAUCAUCCCCACUGCUGGCAGGAACCCACAGCAGGGGAAAACCCCCCAGCAGCCAAUCUCUGCCGCAAACCAGCAGCAGCCAACCAAUCAUCUGCACUCCCAGCCGAUCUGUCCUCCUCUCCAGUCGUCCUCCUCUGAGCCUGUCCACAACCCGAUGGUCUCUUAUCCUCUUCCUCCUCCUCAUCUUCCUCCUUCUCAGUUCCUGUCUUUCUAUCCUAACCAACAGUACACUGUGCCCGACGUCCUGAACGCCCAGUUCAGUCACAUGACUCUGACGCAGCAGCCCCUGCCCGGUGACAGUGGAGCGACGGCUCAAGACGCCCGCCACUAUCAGACUUUAUACCACCACCACCCGUCCGCUAUGGUGCUGCAGGGUGCUCCGCAGCAGCAGCAGCAGCAGCAGCAGCAGCAGCAGCAGCAUCAGCAGCAUCAACAGCAGGUUGCCAGCUACAUGGUGGCAGGACCAUCAGGAGGACACUCGGGGCUGCUGCAGGGUCAACAUGUCCCGCUCCCGACGCCGGGCCACAACCACGCUUACCCCAGCUCCACACCGGGCCCCGCUGCUUUCCACGGGUCCACCUUGAACCAACCGUUACUCCAGCAACACGCCUACAUGCAGCAGCCUCUCCAGCAGAUGGCCACGUGUUACUGCUCGUCAGCCCACCAUCCACACUGCUCCGCCCAGCAGCAGCAGCAGCAGCAGCAGCAGCAGCAGCAGCACUACCGGCCCCCCGUCAACACGCUGCCCUAUAACUGUCCUCAGAGCCAAAACCUGCCCCAGCAACAAGCGUCGUGCCUUUCUCAUUUCGCCCCAGUGCACCAAGCCGUGAUGCCAAACCCAGCGUCCAGCUACCAGACCAUGGUGGGCGUGCAGCCAACCCCCAACCUCGGCCUCACUGGCAACCAGCAAAGCAAUAUGGGCAACCAGAUGCAAGGCAUGAUGGUCCAGUACCCUCCAAUGCAGUCUUAUCAGCAGGUUUCUAUGCCGCAGCAGACGUACCAGCAGCCAGUGUUUGUGUCCUGCCAGCCAGGACAAGGGGCCGUGGCUGUUGCUGGCAUGCAGCCCUACUACAGUCUGCUCCCCCCGAACCAGCACACCACCAUGAGUUCGACGGUGAGUUUCCUGCCCGCCCAGAUGAUGGAGCAGCUCCAGUUUCCUCAGACCUCGUCCCCUUGCGUCUCCCAGCAGCACCCGGGGCAGCAGUACGCAGGGUUGUUACCCCCGGCCCACAGCGGUGGCAUGGUGAUGCUGCAAAUGACAGCGCCCCCCUGCCAGCAGCACCGGGCCCCCUCCCCCUGCCAACGGAAACAGCCCGGCUACAAACACCCUGGCCCCGAUAACCAGCGCGGCCGCAGGCCUCCUGAGCUCCCUCCGCAUCCGGACAACACCCAGAGCAGCUUGCCCUCGUCUCCGGCGCUCACGCCCUUGCCAGGCCAGCCGCCCAGCGUCAAGGGCCUCCCAUCAGGCAUCUCGUCCAUCCCUGUCAUGGCCCACCACCCGCAGCUCCCUACAGCCUUCUGCCACAGUGGACAAGGUGAAAGACACUACUCUCUACUGGGCCAACCUCUGCAUUACAAACCCUCCAUCAGACCUCCGCUCAUCCACACUGCCCACAUGAUGGCCAAACACCAGGGUCCACUCGGGGUUUGGCGUAGCGGUCCUGGGAGGAAGGCCAGCAGAAAAUCCCUGUCUUCAGAUCUCAGUGUAGGUGAAGCAGUGAGAACUCACAUCCUGGAAGUGACAGACCCUCCGGAGGGGAUCGGCUGUACAGACUCCACCCGCCUCCUGGCAGAGCUCUGCGGAGGGGGCGAACUGAUCCCGCGGCUGUCGGACCACCAGCCCCGGCUGUGCUACACGACCAGAGACGCCCCCGGCAGAGACCUGGCCUCAUCACACUCUCUCUUUGCCAUCCUCCCUUCCAGAUUCACUGUCCCAGGCACCGCGCUCCACCACCGCGGCCCCCAGGCCCCCUUUAAACUCCAGACUAACACCAGACACAAACGGGAGCGGCGGGACCCGGACAAAGCCGGCUCAUAGCUGCUGAGAUCUCGGUGCACCUGUGGAGCGCCACGUGAACGCACAUCCAACCACCUGCCUCUGCUGCCUCAGUCUGGACCGUCUCCCCAGACCCUGUCCGAAUCAGAAACAGUAUCCAAUGUUUGAAGAAUGAAUGUUGAGUUUUAUUUUGUUUUAGUUUCUUUUUAUCUCUUCUCCGACCAACAGGCAGCGACACUCACCACUUUGGUUUUGUUUUGCGUCCGUGGCUGCCGAGUUCAAUCCGAGGCCUCCUCUUUUUCUACAAAAAAUAAAAUAAAAUAAAAAAGUCUAGUUUGCUGUUCAAAAGUGAAAGUGUUCCGAGAGCUUUAGGGUUUAUUUGCCAGCUAAGAUGUUAGUGUUUCCACUGUGGCUCUUUUUAAUAGCAGCUGUACACAUCAUCGACUUGAGUCUGGUUCAACAAUAUAUAUGUGCCCACUUGAAGAUAAGAUAUUUAGCGUUCACAUCAAAGCAAGCCAUUCAUUUUAUAAUAAACUCUGAUCAAUAAAUUCGUCAGCAGAUCUCCCGCUUCCCUUCCCCUCUGUACAUCUCGCCCCCGACAGUAACACUUGUACCAUGAAUAAACACUGAAUAAUCGAUCUGCUACCUGAAUAACUUAAAGUCACGAUGGUACACCGUGAAUGUUGCGUUUGCACUGAGGUUGGAGAUUUGAUUGGAGUCAGACGGGGCCUGGAUUUUCUUUUAACCCCCCCAUCACCUGUUUGUUGCACUCAGCCAGGCCACUUUGUUUUAUAUUUAAUUAAAAAUGUUUAUAUGCACAAGAAAAAUGCAAUCGAGUUGUUCACUCUACUUGACUUCUUUAAUGUUAUUCUUAUUUUUUCUGUUUGCGUGAUUCAUGAGAGGAGUUCUGUCUGGUCUGGCCUUAAUUUCUUCUUUCUUUUGGUUUUUUUUCUUCUUUUGUUCAACUCUAAUAAAUGAUUUCACCACA